AUGGUCCUCAGGGGCAGCCAAUGGGCUCCAAGCAGCAGCAGCAGCACAGUGUCCACCAGCGGCCGCACACUGACAGUUUCCAGCCCGACUCCCGAGGGCGAGAGUAGAAGCAAAGACCAAAUCGAUGGCACGAAGAUGAGCCUGGGCAACAGGAAGGGGGUGAGGGUGUCUGGGAGAGAUUCAUCUCCCGUGGACUGGAGCUCAAGAAGAGGAGGUCCGUCUAUCAUCCAUUCUCCCACCACCAGCACCCCUUUACCUCCAGAAACUCCUACUCUGAUCUCCAUCAGCCCUUUGCCUCACAAACCCCCAGCGCGGGUGGAGAUUGAGCCUGCCGUCGAGGACGAUUGGACUACAGGAGCUUCCUCUCAAACCAGAGCAUCCUACGGUGAAACCAGCGUCCCCCGGCAGACCAUGGAGGAGCUAAAGACCAUCCUGAGAGACAGUCCUAUGCUUAGCGUCCGGGAAAGAGACGAGGGGAAGCCAGGAAGUCCUUAUACGUACCUCCAUGGAAGCAGUGGUAAUGGGAAUGGACGGUCUGAUGGACGGCAGGACGAUGGAAACCCCAACAGGACGUUCAGCACCUUCAAACCCCCAUGUGACGCUUCCAGAAGUGGGGCCAGGUUCAGCGACGGCACGUCUAUUCAGCAGCCCUCCUGCGUGGAUUCAUCCAGCCCAAUCAGGGUGGAUGCCAACACAAAUAGGCUGCCUGGAGUUAGGGCUCACACACAUGCAAGCGGCGGAUCCUGGGCAGAGACUGGAGCUCCUCAUUCAGAUAACGACUCUGUUGAUAGUAUUGGAAAUCAGAGGUUCAUUGCCAACAUGGAGCAGAUCAAGCAGCAGAUCGCCAGAGAAAACAUCAACUUUGUUCGCUUUGAGGCCACCGACCUCCACGGGGUGUCCAGGUCCAAGACAGUGCCUGUCCGCUUCUUCCACGAAAAAGCGGUGUACGGGGUACCGAUGCCCAGAAGCUACCUGGAGCUGACCCUGAGCUCUAAGAGCAAUGAAGUAGACAACGCCAGCACCGCCAACUUCAGCGGUGAUGUCCUGCUGAUCCCAGAUCUGUCCACCUUCAGGGUCUUACCCUGGGCGGAGCAGACAGCGAGGGUGAUCUGCGACCCCUGCACCGUGGCAGGAAACCCCCUCCGAACCUCACCUCGCCUCAUCGCCAAGCAGCUCCUCGCACAGCUCCAGGGCCUCGGCUUCUCCCUUCACUCAUCCUUCAGUUAUGAAUGCUGCGUCCUGGGAACACCAGACCGCAUCGGACCGAAGACGCUCCUGUUCCCGGCCACAACGCUGCUCAGCAACCACGACCUGCCUUUCUUCCAGCAGCUGGUGGACAGCAUGUACUGCAUGGGCGCAGACAUCGACAGCAUCGCCUCUGCAAGCGGCCCCGGCCAGAUGGAGAUCAACCUGAGGCCAGAGUUUGGGAUUGCGGCCGCAGAUACCGCCUUCACUUUCCGCACCGGCAUCAAAGAAAUGGCUCGCAAGUACAGCUACAUUGCCAGCUUCUUCACAGACGACGGCCUGUACAAUGCUGGGGUUCUCUCUCACAGCUUGUGGGAUGCUAACGGCCGACGUAGCCUCUUCCAAAGCGGGGAGAAGGCCAGUGAGCUUUCUGAGAUUGGCAGGAAAUGGCUUGCCGGGCUUCUCAGCCACUCUGCUGCUCUGAGCUGCCUGAUGUCGCCCGGCCUGGGCUGCCGGAGCCACAUCGCAAAGACAAUCAAAGACCCGAAACUCAUGCUUUACGCCACAUGCGGCUGCAAUGAUAACAGCAGCUCCUUCAACAUUAAGAGUCACGGGGGGAGGGAGACGCACAUCGACAACAAGCUGGGCUCAGCUAUGGCCAACCCGUACAUCGUGCUGGCUGCCACUGUGGCCGCGGGACUGGACGGCAUCAAGAGAAACCUGAACAUCGAGAGCGGUGUAAACAAAGCGCCCGGUCAGCAGAAGGACUUUGCCGUUCCUGUGAAGCUCGACGAGGCUCUGGAGGCGCUGAGCGAGGAUCAGGUCAUCUGCAGCACCCUCGGAGAGCCGUUUGUUCAGUAUUUCAUUGCCAUGAAAAAGUUUGAGAUUGAGACCCAAGAACUGGAUGAUGAGAGGAACAAGUGCCUGGAGUAUUUCAUCUAG